AUGGAAUAUGAUCCUAUCGACUUGAACCGCAUGAAAGACAAAGAUGAUGAUUCUAUCGACUCCAACCACAUUGAAGAUGAAGAUGAUGGAAAUGAUGAUCUAAAAAUGAUGGCCGCCUGGCAGAAGGCGAUGAUGGCCGCCUGGCAGAAGGCGAUGAUGGCCGCCUCGCAGAAGGCGAUGAUGGCCGCCUGGCAGAAGGCGAUGAUGGCCGCCUCGCAGAAGGCGAUGAUGGCCGCCUCGCAGAAGGCGAUGAUGGCCGCCUCGCAGAAGGCGAUGAUGGCCGCCUGGCAGAAGGCGAUGAUGGCCGCCUGGCAGAAGGCGAUGAUGGCCGCCUGGCAGAAGGCGAUGAUGGCCGCCUCGCAGAAGGCGAUGAUGGCCGCCUCGCAGAAGGCGAUGAUGGCCGCCUCGCAGAAGGCGAUGAUGGCCGCCUCGCAGAAGGCGAUGAUGGCCGCCUCGCAGAAGGCGAUGAUGGCCGCCUCGCAGAAGGCGAUGAUGGCCGCCUCGCAGAAGGCGAUGAUGGCCGCCUCGCAGAAGGCGAUGAUGGCCGCCUCUGCAGCGCGUAUCAGGAGGCCGCCUCUGCAGCGCGUAUCAGGAGGCCGCCUCUGCAGCGCGUAUCAGGAGGCCGCCUCUGCAGCGCGUAUCAGGAGGCCGCCUCUGCAGCGCGUAUCAGGAGGCCGCCUCUGCAGCGCGUAUCAGGAGGCCGCCUCUGCAGCGCGUAUCAGGAGGCCGCCUCUGCAGCGCGUAUCAGGAGGCCGCCUCUGCAGCGCGUAUCAGGAGGCCGCCUCUGCAGCGCGUAUCAGGAGGCCGCCUCUGCAGCGCGUAUCAGGAGGCCGCCUCUGCAGCGCGUAUCAGGAGGCCGCCUCUGCAGCGCGUAUCAGGAGGCCGCCUCUGCAGCGUAUCAGAAGGCGAUGA